AUGUGAUGCUGACCCCUCAGCCUUGGCCAACUAUGUCGUGGCAUUAGUCAAGAAGGACAAGCCCGAGAAGGAGCUGAAAGCUUUCUGUGCUGACCAGCUGGACGUGUUCCUGCAGAAAGAAACUUCAGGGUUUGUAGAUAAACUCUUUGAAAGUUUGUACACCAAAAGUUACCUUCCUUCUGCUGAGCCCACAAAGGCAGAGGCAAAGCCUGCAGGGCAAGAGAAAGAAGAAGUCAAGGAGGAGUUGUGUGUUAAACAGAAUUUUCAAGAGUCUGUUGAAGAAGAGCGGGAGAGCAGGAAGAAGAAGUAUUCCAGUCCCCAGAGGAGCCGUGCAGAUUCCAGUGAGCAAAGAACCAGAGAGAAAAAGCGGGAUGAUGGGAAGUGGAGGGACUAUGACAGGUACUAUGAUAGGAGUGACUUGUACAGGGAGAAGUCUGGCUGGCGCCGGGGCAGGAGCAAGAGCCGCAGCAAAAGCAGAGGGCUGAGUCGGAGCCGCAGCCGCAGCAGGGGCCGCAGCAAGGACCGCGAUGGCAGCAGGAGCGGGCUAGUUCAGGUCUGUCGGAAAAGUAAGUGGCACAGAUUACAGCAUUCCACGCACCUUGAGACCGCGUUAGUUAAGGGCAGAGAGCACCGAGAGAGAGAGAGAUCAAAAUACAAGAGUGAAAAAAAUGAUGUUGAAAGCUCAUAUAAUCCAGUGUCUGCGACUCCCAGUAAAUCCUCUGAACAGUAUUCCUCUGCACAAGCUAUUCCCAGUGCUGUGACUGUAGUUGCACCUGCACACCACCUUGAAGGCACCACAGAGAGCUGGUCAAAUUACUUCAACAAUCACAGCAAUCCCAGUUCGUUUGGCAGAAACCCUCCUCCUAAAAGAAGAUGUCAAGACUAUGAUGAGCGAGGCUAUUGUGUCCUGGGUGAUCUCUGCCAGUUUGAUCACGGAAACGAUCCUUUGGUGGUAGAUGAAGUCUCCUUGCCCAGCAUGAUCCCCUUUGUCUCUGCUGAGAAAGAGAAAAGGUGUUGGAAUCAGAGUAGCUUACCCAAACAGGCUUCUCGAUUUACUGUUGCUGUAGUGGAACUGGACGUAUUUGCCACCCUGACCUUGCUCAAAGCAAGGCAUAAGCACAGCGCUGAAUUGUUGGCACGUUGUGCCUUUGAGCUGUCAGCGUGUGAUGUGUUGUGUGCUGUUGUUGCAGGCCCACCUUUAACGCAGUCCAGCCUCAUCAACAGCCGUGACCAGCCGGGGACAAGCGCAGUGCCCAGCCUCGCGCCCGUGGGAGCAAGGCUGCCUCCUCCUCUGCCUCAGAACCUGCUCUAUACAGUGUCAGAACAUACAUAUGAGCCAGAUGGCUAUAACCCUGAAGCUCCUAGUAUUACCAGUGCUGGUAGAUCUCAGUAUCGGCAGUUCUUUACAAGAGCACAAAUGCAGCGUCCAAAUCUAAUUGGCCUAACAUCUGGGGAGAUGGAUACAAACCCUCGAGCUGCCAACAUUAUCAUCCAAACUGAACCUCCCAUUCCCAUUACAAAUAACAGCAGCAAUGUCACUAGAGUUGUCCUGGAACCAGACAGCAGGAAGAGAUCUCCAAGCAGCAUGGAGUGUCCACCAUUGAAGAAACCCUGGUUGGGAAAGCAAGUGAAUAACAACCAAAAUAAGCCAGGAUUUUUGAAGAAGAAUCAGUAUACUAAUACAAAAUUAGAAGUUCGAAAAAUUCCACCAGAAUUGAACAACAUUACACAGCUCAACGAACACUUCAGCAAAUUUGGAACUAUUGUAAACAUUCAGGUGGCUUUCCAGAACGAUCCCGAAGCUGCUCUCAUUCAGUACUUGACCAACGACGAGGCGAGGAAGGCCAUUUCCAGCACGGAGGCAGUGCUGAGCAACCGCUUCAUCCGGGUGCUGUGGCACAGGGAGAGCGAGUGAUGAACAAACCCCUGGCAUCUGGUGCCUACGUCCUUAACAAAGUCCCAGUGAAAAGGCGCCUUGGAGCGGCGGGUGGGAGCCAGCCUGAGCUCAGCCAGCCCGGGGCUGGCGUGGAGGAGUCUCAGAUAUUUCCUACUUCCACAAGCCACUCAAAAAUGGUUUACAGUUCUCCAAACUUGAAGACAACUCUGAAGUCUGGUGCAGGGUCUAAGCCUCAUGACGUGCAAGAAGCCCUUAAAAAAAAACAGGAGGCAAUGAAACUCCAGCAAGAUAUGAGGAAAAAGAAGCAGGAGAUGUUAGAAAAACAAAUAGAAUGCCAGAAGAUGUUGAUAUCCAAGCUGGAGAAAAACAAGGCCAUGAAACCAGAAGAGAGAGCAGAAAUUAUGAAGACUUUAAAAGAACUAACAGGAAAAAUAUCUCAGUUAAAGGAUGAAUUAAAAACUUCAUCUGCAACCUCCACACCAUCUAAAUUGAAGUCCAAAACAGAGGCACAGAAGGAACUGUUGGAUGCAGAGCUGGACUUCCAUAAGAGACUGUCCUCUGGAGAGGACACGACCGAGCUGCGCAAAAAGCUCAAUCAGUUACAAGUGGAGGCUGCCCGCUUGGGCAUCCUGCCUGCUGGCCGAGGGAAGGCGGUGGCAGCCCCGGGCCGGGGCCGCGGCCGCGGCCGUGGGGGCAGAGGCCGGGCCAUGCUGAACCACAUGGUGGUGGAUCACCGGCCCAAGGCCCUCGCCGUGGGAGGCUUCGUGGAGGAGGAGAAGGAUGAAUUGUUACAGCACUUCUCUAAAUUUGGAGAUAUCGAAGAUCUUCAGGAAGAGGAUUCCCCAUUAAGUGUUGUUGUAACUUUUAAGUCCCGCUCAGAAGCUGAGAAUGCUGCUAACCAGGGAUCCCGCUUCAAGGACCGGCGGCUCCAGAUCUCGUGGCACAAACCCAAGGUACCCUCUGUGUCCACAGAAGUCGAGGAAGAGGAGCCCAAGGAAGAGGAGACUGAAACCUCAGAUUUAUUUUUGCACGAAGAUGAUGAUGAUGAUGAUGAAGAUGAGGAUGAAUCCCGUUCUUGGAGAAGAUGAAACUUGAUGUUGGAAAUGUAUAAUUUUAGGAAUAUAGUUCAAACUACAUCUUUUAAACGUUUAUUUAAGGAAGUUGAUGAGCCAAAAAGAGCUUUACUUUCUUUUCAAACCACAAAAUUUACCAUGAGCAGUUUGGUAUGAAAACAUUUGGGACACAGAGCUGUGAGACUGAGCUAGCCAAAGGCCCAGGAACUUCUUACAAGAUUAUCAAGCUCACCAAGGUGGUGAUCUUUUUCUAUUUAAGAAGGAUAAAAAGCGGGGAGGGGGUUGGAAAUCAGUAUUUUCUUGUCCUCUUUUUGUGUCACCUGUAUUACUUUGUUUUGGGUUUUUUAUAAUGUGAUUGGUUUGUUAGUUUAUAAUUGAAAAGAUAUUACAGGUUUUAUUUAGCAAUAUUAAGAGGUUAGGGGAAAGACAAACUUUCAUUAAAUAUUAUGAAAGAAAAACUGGCCUCAUUUGCUCGUUGAAAAAAGGGAGCAUUUUAUUUCCUGUGGAGUCUCAUGUUGUAGGAAUUAUUUGUGGUUAGAUUCUUAAAUCAUUUACUUCAGUAUGUGUGGCAGCCACACUAUCUCUUUGUUGUGCUGCUUUUUGUGAGAGGAGGUGGAAGAAACAAUUUAACAGGAUAUUGUUGUAACAUUGUCCAGUUCACUCUGUUUCUCCAAAUUCUGCUUCACAGAAAACAUCAGCGGGAGCACACACUGGAGUGGAUUUUCACUCCUUCUUGAUUUCCUUCUGUCAUUUCAGUGUAAGGCUCGGUGUAGGUCAGGCUGUUUAUUGCAUUUCAGUAUUUGUGAGCAAGAAUGGAAGGAGUUCCAGUCUUCCUCAAAAGCAGCUGCACUGGCCCCUGUCUCCCAGCCAGGAGCAACUCUCCUCUGGCUGUUCCCAGCUGUGUUCCAGGCAGAGCCCUGGGCUUCAGAGCAGGGUGGGUUAGAGCAGGGUGGGGUUCAGCCCACAGGACUGGGGUGUCCUGCUUAGCCAGCCCCACAGCAGGGUCCAGUGUCCCAGCCCAGGGCUGCUGAGAGCUGGCUGUGCUGUGGGUGUGCCCGUGUCCCCUCUCAGUGCCCCUGUGCUGUCCCAGGGCUGCUGAGAGCUGGCUGUGCUGUGGGUGUGCCCUGGGUGUCCUCUCUCG